AUGGCAUUACAAACUAUCGGCGGUGUACUUCACCACGGUCCUCCAUCUGCCGCCCACCACGUGAAUCACAUACUUGCAUUAAUCACAAAAAUCGAUACCACCUUCUCAUUGGUGAAUGGGGCUCACGCGCAGGGUUGGCAAAUCGAUAAUCGCGGGUUAAAAAUCGAUGCCGGCAUCCGGUUUCGGGGUCUCAGCUUGCAGGUACCGCCCUGUCCUCGGAAGUCCAUACUACCUUCGCACUUGAUGCGCCAGAGACGCAACCGCUCUCUUGGCGAAAAACAAACACCAAUUAUCAGUAAGAAAUUCACUUCGCCAUUCAGUAGAUUGGCUCCCAUGGAGAUCCACCGACCUAAAAAGCUGGCGGUCCUCUCAUCUUGGUACCAGCUUGUCACUCCACCGCCACUUUGGUCUCACGGAUCUACAACACUGGAAAAACAUCUGGAUCAUAUUGGGAAACUGGAGAUGAAGGGGGUGCGAAUGCAGCUCCGUGACUCCGUCGUGGAGACCAAAACUUAG